AUGAUUAGGUUCAAUUUAUUCAGAAAUAAAUCACGUGACACUAACGAUAUCAAAUAUCAACGUUUAAGCACACGUUUAUACGUAUUAAUAUUAUCCAUCACACUUGUUAUUCUGGCUGUUUAUAGCGGUUUGUCUCAACAAAUAAAAUUGAUCAUAGUUCAAUCACCAUCACUCUCCACUUAUGAAGAAUUAGAAAGCAAAUACUCUGAUACACUCAUUUGUCCAUGUUCACAGUUAUCGAUUAAUUAUAAAAGUUUUUUAUCAUUUGAGCCAAGCUAUCAUCAAGUGUGCAGGAGCGCAUUCAUCACUCAAGAAUGGAUCGAUUCUCUCAGUCUUCCAUUUGGCCUUUCUUUAUCGCCACAAUUUCAAGCUUUAAGAUCAUUUUGUCAACGAUCAAAGGACACCAUCGGUGAUGCACUUGAUCAGUUGUAUUCAUCCGUCUUCAUUAGCUCAAAAGUGAUACCAUCGACACUUUGGAUCACUCAACAACAAUCAUUUGUCAACGAAUUUCAAGCGCAAACACCAAAUGUUUUGAUGAAGCCAUUCGAUCUCAUUCGUGAUAUGACUUAUGCAAAUCAAUUAGUGACAUUUUCUGAAUCGAACUGGGCAUAUACAGUUACUUGGUAUCACGAUACGUUUGAUGAGUUAUAUCCAUAUGCUAUGGUCACGCCUGUUACGUAUACGAACGAUAAUGAAACAUGUUCGUGUUUUGCAUCCCCAAAGUGUAAAACACCGUUCCAAAGUGAUACCGAUACUAUUGAUCAAUUUUUUACUGGCUGCUAUCCGAUGGAAGCCCUUUUACAGUCGUCACUCGUUUGUUUCUACAGCCAGAUGUGUCUAGAUAAAUUUCUUACACUCGUACGAAUACAGGCGACAAUCUGGAACGUACCAAUACAGGCGACAACCUUGAACGUGACAAUCCUGAACUCAACACUUUUAAGUAACUACUUCAUUACAUCGACGGUUGAAGACAUUGUUCGACGAUUGAUGGUUGAACAAUGGAAUGCGAAAUUAGUCUACGAAUCAUAUUAUCAAGAAUGUGCACCAGCAUCAUGCAGCUAUACAUAUAUGAGAAAACUGGAUAUUGUCCAUAUGAUAACCGCUACCCUCGGCCUAUUUGGCGGUCUCACUAUAGCAUUCCAAAUCAUCAUACCAUUUGUAGUAUUAAUCGUGAGAAUAGCUGUUAAGCAGUUAAACAGGCAUAAAAUCGCACCUACAUUUAUUUUAGUACAAGAAUAUGAGCAACGAUGUUUAGCGCCUCCGGUCAGGUAAGAGAGGUGACUGUCACCUUAUAUCUGAUUUCCACUCUUCUUUUUAUCAUGAAGAAACAAUUGCCGAAAUUGCAGCAUUAUUAUAACUAUUGCCAUUAUCAUCCUCGGUGUGCUGAUCGUUUCAACAAUAUUUAUGCUUAAACUACGUAAGAGAAAGGAGGCUUUCGUACUGAUCCAUCGCAGUAUUAUGCUAAAAAAGGCUCGUAAAGUCGUUCAUAUCACCGACAAAAAAAUGAAGUUUAUUUAGAGUUGAAGAAAAGUGUUUUUCGUAUUCAGCACACUUGAUAACCUGGAAUUUCUAUUUUUAGCGAGGGGUACCGCCAAAAAGUUAAGGAAAAUUUUCAAACUUGUAUACUUUUGCCAUUGCAAUUUUUCUGCGGCAAUCUGUUUGAAAAUUUUUCUUAACUUUUUGGCGGUACCCCUCGCUAAAAAUAGAAAAUUUUCCAGAUUAUCAAGUGUGCUGAAUACGAAAAGGCCCUUUCCUUCAACUCUAAAUAAACUUUAAUUUUUUUUAUCGGUGAUAUGCAUUCUUAGAAACAGCACAAGCAGACGGUCGUAUAUACAACACAUAUGGUCUUCAAAACAAAAACAGAGAUUAGCUAGAAAAGCACUGACAACACACAGGAGACAUUUGAGCGGUUUGUUUGAAUCCAAAGAUUGAUUACCUACCGGUUUUACCUUUAUUGAUAUAAAGGUACAUCAGGGUGUCUCUGAAUAUGUGUAUGUAGUAUAAGCCACAGUAAGAAUGUGGAUAAUCUUUGAGGUUGAUGUUAGCCCUAAAAGUUGAGUCCAUACAAUUGUUUUUGAUCAAGGUCAAUACUAUUAUUCAUAAAAUGACGUACGAAUCAACGUCAGUGACAGAAACUCACUCUCAUAGGCUUCAUCUUUUUAGUCUUCAUUCAUUUAGGCGAAUUACAGAAGGCAAGACAUGUUAAUCUAACAUCCAGUUGGACAACAUUAAGUACUUGAGAUGGACUUUUCUGUUUCUUCCAUCACUCAAAAACUUUUCGUUUCAUAGACAUACCGUCAACGGCUAUUUUAAAUACGACAACAACAAUACGCACCACUGUCAGCACUGUCGCCACUACCGGUUUGGCUGGUAGUUACAUGCAAUCGGGUCACGAUCACAUUUCUCAACGUGUUUCGUUUUUUCAGAGAGUAUUUUGAAGCAGUGUCCACUAUUCAGUAUCUAUGUGGAUGUUUCAAUGGGUGGCAGCCAGUUUUAUAAUCUCUACGAUGUGUCUACAUCUUUUUGUUGCAAUGUAUGCGCGAACGACACCACAUGUAUUGGUUUCAGCUAUACUAUACAAGUGAACAUUUGCUCUAUAAUCACAAGCAAUUUGUUCUACGCGCUCACCCGUGAAGGCUUUGUGUCAGCAGCGAAAAAUCAAGGUACAUGUGUUACGUAAUUUCUGUUUCUUAUCCAUAAUAUUUCUAUCUUUUCUAGGUAUUAAGAAUACAACAACAGCUCCGACAUUUGAGUAAUUUGCGCUUUUUUCCAUGUCUUGUCUCAAUCUCUUUUCGCUCUUUUGUAGUAAUCACUGAGAGCGACUGAGGAGCUUUUUUUGUGAUUUUAUUCGUAUCUUUAGCUAACGACUCAAUGAAUAUCACCACUGCAAGUACAAAUUACGUGACAAGGUAAAUAACAUCGGUUGAUAUUAAAAUGAAAUAAAAUACCGGUUAAACUCUUAUAAUCAUCAUGUAGCGAGUAAUUUUCUCGCUGUUCAUGUGUUCAAAGCCAUUAUCUGGAGAAGACGAGGCAGUCAAUUUUGUGGAUGUCACAGAUUUGAGUGUAAUUUUCACGAGUUGUCAACUUAUGUGUUAGUAGUUUAAAAUACAAUAAUACAGUAUAGUACAAUAAUAUAGUUUCUUUCAUUAGUUAUAGUUGUUACCAAUAUUAACGGUAAAGGAGCUUAGAUUUUUUCGCAAAUUCGGAAUUGGCCUUAGCAUGGUCUAUCCCGAAAUCGUUAAAUCGCCUGGUUCUCAUGCUACUAUCUUUUAGGCACUUAGAGAAGCCAUGCCACUCUAUACAUCCAUAAACGUUUUUUUAGUUACAAUAGAAAUGGAAGAAAAAUUGAAUAUACCUAUACACUCUGAAAUAGAGUAUUGUUCUAUGUGCUUGAGAAAAGAAUAUUAAACUAUUUUUGCCACAGAUUCACAAAAAUAGUUUAACAUUCUAAAAGGAAAACAAUAUAAAAACACUAUGAGUGAAAACGAGUUCAUCUUGUUAUCCUACAUGGGAAAAAGAGUCAGUCUAUUCCAGUAGAUAAUGUUUUCUACGAAGGUUUACUUCUAAAGGCCCCCAAAAACAAUGCUAACACUGUUCUAAGUAUAAAGUUAAUUAGCAUAAUGUAAUGUCGAACACGUACGAAAAUACUAUGUAAUACAUUCUUCUGAAUCGAAUUGAAAAAAGAACAAAAGUCUUGAAAGCAGUCGAGUUAUCAGAAAAUUCCAUUUCGAGCCUAUUGUUUUGAAGAUUUUUCAAAAACCCAUAUCCUGUUAUCUACUUUGUUACACACCGAGACUGUAGUCUAUAAAAUCCUUUGUCUAACAAACACAUCAAUAUAUCUCUCAGUUCGGCUUGUACUUGUUGCAUGACUUACUCUAUCAGAUAAUGGCUGAUAACACAUCGUUCUGGGCCACGAUCCAAUUAUUAAUGGUGUUGUAAUUGGUGUUUCUAGCACAAUGAACUAAAUGGCGAAGAGAAGCAAAACUAUAGACUAAAUUCUAUUAAUAUGGAUAUCACCUUUAGU